AACAUCCGCAGAGUUUUAGUAUUUUAACAGCUGUCUAACUUAGCAAGCUUUAAAUUAGCGUCCAACUAUUGUCUUCCAUAGCUAGUUUAAUCUUACAAUGAGGCUUAUAUGUCAUCUUGUUUACCUUAAGAGACAUUUAAAGCGCAUUUACAAGCAACUACCUGACACGUUAGAUAGUUAAUUAGGUGUUUAUCAAGCUAUCUUUGUAUUUAGCCGAGCUAGCUAGUGUUAGCUCCCCGUGCUAACUAGCAACAGCCUCGAGUUUUGAAAAACUGAUGCGUGAAACGACAUCAAACCACCGUGACAGUAAGAAAUGUAUGUUACCUCUGAAGAUGAUGACGCCUUUAAAGCCUUCCAAAAAGUCUACAGCUGUAGCAUCAAAGAUAAAAAAUAAGCUCAUCAACACGUCCUCCUUCUUCAAGGUCUCUCUGAAGACCAACAACAAGGCCCUGGCUGUGGCUCUGGGGGCCCAGAAGGAGAGGAACCGGCAGCUGGAGAUGGAGAUCGUCUACCUCCAGAAACAGGUCGAAGCUCUGUGCUUCGAGCUCGCCACCAAGAAAUACAAGCACAGGAAACUGCUCCUCAUCAUGCAAACCCUCCACAGCAGCACUCUGCAGCACCUGGACAUGGUGGCUGAACUUGUCUCUGACAGCGAUCUUCCUAAACUAUAUGAGGACAACAAGACCUCAUCUGGUGACGUCGAUGAACAAAAUCCUGCAGUGGGAAGUCUCACAGAUCAGUUACCUCAGACAGAAACUGCAGGCCGUUCAUCAUUUGCCCUCCAAAAAGUUACGGCAGAGCUGCCAAGGAAAACCAUCUGUACGGACGUCUACAACAGGAACCAGAACAGAGCCAGAGAGUCCACUGGUAUUUUUAAUGAAAACGCAGACGAUGACAAAAGGCGUUCCAGCCAGCUGAGACAAACUCCCCAGACGGGAACGUCCCGUCCGUCCAGCAGCCUGAGGGAGGAUGUGGAGAGGCUGUCCAGGAUAUUCUCUCAGUCCGGGUUCGAUGUGAAUUCCGUCCCCUCUCUCCAGAACGGUCGAACCUCGUCAGCUGCGAGCACGACUGAAGAAACGCACGAGCUGCCUCUUUCCAACGACGCCCCCCUUCCAGGUAGCUCGCUGACAGGAACUGAACCAGAACAUGUCGACAAACAAGAGAAGACGGUGCUCCUGAACACGACGAUGGAGAUGACUCAAAGUGACGCUGCUGAGAUAGUCACAGUGGGGACAAAGGCCAAAAAAACUGACAAACAGGAAGGCAAGAAGAAUAAGGAACAACUCUGUGGGAAGAACUCUGCAGACUCCAGGUCUGGUGAGGCUCAGAGUGAGCCCGCCGGCUCUUUGUCACAGACAGAAGAUUGUGCAUUAGAAGAUGUUACAAACCAAGGCGUUAUUAAGCUUCCGUUGCCUAAAACACAGAGUAAGAGCGUCGCCACCUCUCGCAUUCCUAAAAUGAAAAAUCCUGAAGCCGGCAGCCAGCAGAAAGCAGCGAAGGACAAGUCAAAACCCCAGCACAACACCAAGACAAACACAGAGUCCCACAAUGUUGCUGUGCCGGACUUAGACGAUUAUUUCACGGGUGUUAAAGUCCCAAAAGCCAGCAAAGUUUUAAGAUUACCACCAGAGACUGACACGACAGAAGAGGCGAGGUCCAAUAUCACGUGCAGGAGAUCCAGGACUGGAGGCAGUAGAGGGUCUUCGCUCAGCAGGAAAAUGUUUAAUUUACCUUCGGCGUCGCAUGAAAGAGAGAGCAGCCGGACCAGAGUGGAGCAUGAAGUGGAAGAAGAAGCUAACGGAAAACAUGAAGCAUGCAAAGACCAAGAACCACAAGAAGAGUUCUUGCUUUUUGCAGAGGAAAACACAAAUCCAGAGUCAGAAAAUGUAGACAGUAAUCCACGGCGCAAAGUGGCGACAAAUUCUGUGUUCAGUCAGAAAUCCAGAUGCAGACAGACGUUUGUUGUCUCGGCGUCCAGAGACUCAUUGAAUCCAAGUCCCGUAGAGCCAGACUUCAUCCCGUCUGCCAGAUCCUCCCGCUGCGAGGCAGAAGAAAUGCCAGCAGUCGUGGAUUCAAGUGUCGCUCUGAGACAUUCAGAAUCAAACCUGCUCCAGCAGAGUGAUGAAGCCUUUGUUAGAGAAACGCCAAACUCCUGUAAGCGUCCCUGGCUGGCCACUCUGGAUCCAGGAGGUGCCAGUAACCACGAGGCAGCGCCGGGUGAAGACUGCACUUCAGGACCAGAGUGUCAGAAACCUAAAAAAGCCCGGAGAGAGGGAAAGCCCAGUAAGAAGAAAGCAAAGGGAGAGAGGGAGGAGGGUGCUGAUCAUUCAAACAAGAAGAAGAAGAAGCAGAAAAGUAACAACAAAAGAUUGAAGGAGGAUGAGAUUCGUCUUGAGGACCUUGUCCAUGCGUCUCCUCUCCGUGUCAUUGACGGUCCUGAAGAAAACGAGCCACACUUAGCUGAUUCACAAGUGGCUGAGUCGCCGUUUGACCCCAGGAAAAGGGACGCAAGUUUUGAACUUUUGUACGAUUUAAAACCCAGCGAGUCGAAGUCUAGGAUGGCUCAGAAUCCAAAACAUUACAGAAAGACGUCCAAGCUGCGUCAGUCCACAGAAACCGGAAAUCCACGGGCGACAUUUGUCGUCUGCAGACGGACAACUCGGGACUUUCAACCCAACGACACGAGGACAUCUGAUGUGUCGGGAGAUGAACCCGAUAAUGAGGACCUGCUGAUGGAGGAGAGGCCGCCAUGGAUGGACCUGGACAUCAGCAUCCCAGAGACGGAGCCGGGCUCUUUACCCGCCACCCCGAGGAGGGAGACCUGUAGCCAUGCAGCGGCGAAUGAAGAGUCAGUCUGUGUCUCAGCUGAACCCAGUCCAGCAGCAGGGCGAGUGUUAAAAUCACUGACCAACACCGUUCCAACCCCAGACAGUGAGCAGGGGGGCCGAACCCGGAGGAGGAAAGGAGUCGUCAGUUAUAAGGAGCCGACACUCAACUGCAAAAUGAGGCGAGGAGAUAAAUUCACCGACAGCGAGUUCCUGAGUUCUCCGGUGUUUAAAGACGGGAAGAAGAAGAAGAAGCUGCCGAAGGAGAAGAAGACCAAGUUGGAAAGAAGAAUUUUAGUGGACUAAUUUUUUAUUAUUUGAUUGUUUUCAUCUAGUUUAUUUUAAGAUGUUAGAGUUUUCUAAGCUUAAUAAAGACCUUUUAAUCAGUGUUUGCAGUCGAGGUGAACAUUUCUCUGAUCAAACGUGUGUUUAUGCUCCUGCAGGUUUAUUAUUAUUAUUAUUAUCUGCAUGUUCUGACACAAACUGUUGCACUAACUGUGUCGGAGACUGACAGCAGGUUCAGUCAUCCAUUAUUCAGUCUGUUCACCUGAGAAGUCUGCUCCACAGAGAGGCUUCUGUUCCCUGCAGAGGUUUAUAUAUUCAUCACAGCCGUGUGUGAAACAUUUUGUGUCGUCAUGUGAACUGAAGCUCUGUUUACAGGAUAUUUUGGUGAGUACAGAUGUUUGCAUGCUGAAUCUGACUCUGUACAUCUUGUUUUAUUCUGCCCAUUAAAAUGAACAUUUGCA